AUGCGCGUGCAGUCUCAACUGCCUGCCCCGCCCCCUUGGGCUCUCUUCUCGCUCUCGGGUUUCCUAGGCGCGGGUAGUUCGCGCGGGCCUAGGGAAGCUCCGGUCCCUGCGUCCUGGUCGCCGCCCCGCGACGGCUCUGCGCUGGCGAGGCCGGUGUCGGACACCGUGGCCUCGGCCGGGGCGGUGCCCUGGGCGACCCUGGAGGCCCCCGCCCGCCUCCUGCUGCAGGCGCUGCAGGCAGGGCCUGAGGGCGCGCGGCGCGGGCUAGGGGUUCUGCGCGCCCUGGGCCGGCGCGCUGAACACUUCCCUUGGAAUGGCUUCCUGGAGGCGCUGGGCCGCGCAGAGCCCGAGGUGCGGGGUCCCGAAGGCCGCCUGGAGCUGAUCCCACUAUUGCUCCGGUUGCCUGGGGUAUGCCAGAAGAACCUGAUGUCCUUGCUGCUGGCUCUUCGACCCACCUUACCCGAAAGCGGCCUCCGCUCAGUGCUGCAGCUCCAGCGGGACACAGCGUCUGUCCCUGAUGCCUGGCUCCACGCCCUCAUGGAGUUACUAAGGAGGGAUGUUGGGGUUGGAGUCCCUGUGGAGGGAUCCUCUCCAUUGACCGGAAGCUGUCAGUCACAGCUCCGAGACCUGUGUGGGCGUCUGGGCCAAGGGGGGAGGGGGCUGAAAUCGGCCCUGGCUCCAGAUCCAGAGCAAGAGGACGGACUCUCUCAGCUUUGUGGGAAACGGAGGAAAGAGCCAGAGGAUGAGGCUGAGGCUGAGGCUGAGAGAUCCCCUAAACGGUUCCGGGGUUGUGAGGAGGAGGAAGAGGAGGAAGGAAAGGAACGGGAAGAGAGACCGAAGCCGGAGUCAUCGGAAUCCACAUCGGAUGCAGGAGGUGUGUUACCUGAUACUGAAGGCGGGGCUCCGGAGACUGGCCCGGGUGUCGAGGAAGCCAAGGGUCCAGCUGAGAGUGUGGAGUUGCCCAAAGUUGUCCAGGACCAGGUGCCCAGGCUGCAGCAGCUGCUGAAGGCCUUCCAGGAGGGGCUGGAGGGGCUGGAGGAGUCCCCCGUGGACCUGCAGUUUCUUCACGAAUGUAGUCCCAGCCAGAUGGAGUUGCUAUGCAGCCAGCUACAGCUAGCCCAGAUUCCUGAGGGAGGCCUCCUGCAGCUCUGCAGCCACCUGCUGGGUCUAACACCAGCCCUCAGCAUCAGCAACGCCUCCGUGCUGGCCAGGAGCCUCUUCCUUGACCGGAUCCGCUCCCUACCGUCCUCUGCCUCCAGACUUCUCAGGGUGGCCCUCACCUCCUUCUGUGUAAAGUACACCUACGCCGUCUGCAGGGCUGUCCUCUGUCCCUUGUUCCAGGACCCAGGUGUAGGUCCUGCGCAGACUGAGUUACUGUGUUCUCUUGUAAAGGAUGAGUCCCUGGAGCCAGACAUGCAGGUCCAGAUUCUGGGGCAGGUCCUGGAGCUGGCCUGGAGGGAAGAGACCUUCCCGGUGCUGCAGGCACUUCUGGAGCGACAGGUGGAGAUGACCUCUGAAGUGUUCAGUGUCUUGAUGCAGAGGCUCUGCAAGGAGGGGCCGGCAGCCACCACCUCCAUGGCCUACGCCAAGCUGAUGCUGACAGUGAUGACCAAGUACCAGGCGAGCAUAUCUGUGCAUGGGUCCUCCCCCUCUCUGUAUACACAGGACUGCCUGCUGCCCCUAAAGCAAUUCUCACGGUGCAGCCGCGUGGCGGCGCCCCCUAGCGGCCGUAAACGGUGGCGCGUCUCUGGCUCGCCCGAGCGCGGCCCCGGGGCCGGCGGUGCGAGCAAGUCUCGCGGGAACACGCGCUCUAUUUGA